AUGGAAAGCAAUGAAUCAGGCUGUGAGUCUCCGGUGUGCGCGGGCUGCGGCGCGCUGAUCUCAGAUCGCUUCUACCUGCUCGCGGCAGACAGACAGUGGCACGAGAGCUGUUUGAAAUGCAGCGCGUGUCACGCUGACCUGGAGUCAGAGCUCACGUGCUUCAGUAAACACGGAGACAUUUACUGUAAGGAGGACUAUUACAGGCGGUUUUCUUUGCAAAGAUGUGCGCGGUGCCACCUGGGAAUCUCUGCCUCAGAGGUAGUGAUGCGCGCCAGGGAUCUGGUGUACCACUUGAGCUGCUUCUCCUGUGCCACCUGCGACAAAGUGCUGUUCACUGGAGAUCACUACGGAAUGAGAGAGAUGUCAGUGUACUGCCGGGUACAUUUCGAGACUAUGCUGCAGAGGGAAUGUCAUACAGAUUUGUAUUAUUCAGACAUGUCUCCAGGAGAGCCAAACCCUGAGAGCGGCACAUGCAAUGAAGGGACCCCUGUGCACAGAGGACGGGCCCGGAAGAGGAAAAACUGUGAUGCAACAGACCAUGUUUCAGAUGUGAGCGAUAUGGGUGUGGACUUGUCGGAGAGAAUGAGCUGUCAGAAGUCCAAACGCAUGAGAACGUCUUUCAAGCAUCACCAGCUGCGGAGCAUGCAGAACUUCUUCACCCACAACCACAAUCCAGAUGCCAAAGACCUCAAAGAGCUCGCCCAGAAAACCGGCCUCACCAAACGUGUGCUCCAGGUUUGGUUCCAAAAUGCCCGUGCAAAACUCAGGAGAAACUGUCUAUAUCAGGAGAGCGUGGGAGUGGACAACGUUUCUGACAAUUCCACAAUCACAUCCCCAUCAGUGCCUUCACCCCAACUGUCCCACAGAUCUCUGAGCCCAUCCAGCCCCACCGGCACCUCUCCAUCACAACACGCACAACACAGGUCACAACACAAACUCCCCAAUGCCUUCUGAGUUCCUCUACC